AGUGCUCUGACGACCGUCAGAUUGGACUGGCGUGACGGUGCGUCGGUUUUGUCCCUGUGUUUCGGCGCCGGUUGUCUGUGACUCGUGGACUUGUGUCUGUGCGAGGAGGGGAAGCGCUGUUCGGGAUGGUGCAGGAGACUUUCGAAGCCAUAAGGAUGGCGGCUGGUGGCCAUAGUGAGGUCAAGUGCGAGCAGCUCGAGUGCUGCGCCGGCUGCAGUCUGAAGAUCACGGACCGCUUCUUGCUGCGGAUGAUGGAUGCCUCGUGGCACGAGGAGUGUCUCGUCUGCUCCGUCUGUCGCGUCCGCCUCACGCAGUCCUGCUUCACCAAGGACAACAAGGUCUUCUGCAAGUACGACUACGAAAGGCUAUACCUGGUCAAGUGUUCCGGUUGCGGGGAGCGCGCGCUGCCUCACGAGCUGGUGAUGCGCGCCCAGACACAGGUGUACCACAUGCAGUGUUUCGUGUGCGUGGUGUGCUGCCAGCUGCUGCAGAAGGGCGACCAGUUCGUGCUGCGACAGGGUCAGCUACUCUGCAGGGCCGAUUAUGAGAAGGAAAUGUUCAUGCUGCAGCAGACACAGGGAGACUUCUGGGACGCCGGCAUUCCAGGUCUGGACCUGGGUGACGAGACGGGCCGGCCUCGGGACGGUCGCAGGGGUCCCAAGCGGCCCCGAACGAUACUGACCUCGGCCCAGCGGCGUCAGUUCAAGGCCUCGUUCGAGGUCAGCCCCAAACCGUGCAGAAAGAUCCGCGAGGCGCUGGCCAAGGAGACGGGUCUGUCAGUGCGCGUGGUGCAGGUCUGGUUCCAGAACCAGCGGGCCAAGAUGAAGAAGCUGCAGCGACGCGCCAAGCAGCAGCAGGACGGCCAGGACAAGGACAAGCCGGACAAGAAGGACGCCGCCGACGCCACCGACAAGAAGGCCGAUGCUGAUUAUGUGGCUGACAGUCCGUACGGCUCUGGAACGCCCAGCGUCGGUCACCCGUACUCACCUGACGCACAAUCAAACGAGAGCUUCUGUGGCUCGGAUGACGUCAGUCUCGAGGACACCGCCUCAUUUGAGAACCUCGACGAGAGCCACGCCGAGCCCAACAUGAUGCAGACGUCGUCAGCCCCACAGCCGCUGGACAUGAUGCAAAACUACGGCAGCAUCAACCCCAUCGACAAGCUGUACCUCAUGCAGAACUCGUACUUCACCGAUCGCGACCACUGAGGACACGCUACUGCAGGCGAAGGAUGGACAGGACUCGCCGUCACGUCUGAACCAAGCCGAGAAAAGCUGGCCGGGGAUUCAAACCGGCAGAAACAGGCCCCAGUCCGCUUGGAAAUGUGACUGACUGGUCAGCGGCAGUGAUACAGUUUGCAAAUGGCUGGCAUGGGACGGCAAACGAGUCACGUCAGUAAAAGACCGGCAGGGCAGCGGCAUUCUGCGAAGUGACGAGGAGUGACCCUCAAUGGACUCAGCCCACCCAUAAUUCUAGUCAGAGCACUGGCCGGCUCGUAAGUGUCGACAGCAGCUUGCUGAUCGUGUUCGCCGCUGUGACAGCUGCAGCAUGUGGACAGCUGUUGACAGCGAUGACGUCAUCCAUACUCUUCCCAAAAAGUAAGGGUAAAAAGGCGUUGACUGUCGGUUAUGACAGCGAUGACGAUGGAGCAAAUGUGUACUUUAUAUCGCUGUCGACCAGCAUACCGUUGACACCAACUGCUACAUCAAUGUUCAAAUCGGUGAGGACUAUUUUUGCAAUAAAAGACCUCACAGACAACACAACACCGUCGGGAGAUGCGAACUGUUCAGAUUGUGUCUGUACAGCGUUUAACAUGAUGUCGAUAGGAAGCGGUGUAUGUGACGCGCAUGGACGCGUUGUCAGACAGUCUGGACUCUACUCGGACCCGCUCAGUGCGGCGGUGGGCACCGGUGCAGCUGUUUUGUGAUACCCCAGAGUCUGUGUGUGACGUCGCUCGCGGCUGAUGGCCUCAACAUUCCACCGGGAGGGCGUGGGGGCUGGUCAGCGUGCGGUUCUACGUGUGACGUCAUACGCAGCGGCGAUCUUUCCGUGCAAUGGAGUCGGUGCGACCGCGGCGCCCUCUGUACAGUACAGUCGAGGGGUAUCUGAAAUCUGUAUCAACUGGGAGAAAUGUCUGUGUGCUGGCCGCUCAUGUGUGUCUACUGUGUAUGUAACACCAGCUGUUAAUCUUUUGCAUCUGUAAUAAAGAAAUGUGAGUGA